GACGCGUCGAGUGUGAUGGCCAUUGAUACAUUUUUCAUUUCGCCAUUGAACAGCAGCAAUCAUGGGUAGCUUCGAUCAGAGCAAGGCGUACGCAGCACAAGAGGAAGAGGGUGCUUUUUUCGACGAUGGACGGGAGAUUGAGCUGCUGCACUUUGUUUACUCGCACCCCAACAUUGACAAGAUACGAGGCUCACCAGAGGGCGUCUUAGCUGCCAUUGAUGAAUAUGGGAGAACGAAGAAGUAUCUCAUGAAUGUUGGAGAGGACAAAGGCCGCAUUGUCACUGAUCUCAUUGCAGAAGUCAAGCCAAAAACUAUGGUAUGCAAGUCUAGAGGAAUAAGACUGUUUUCUAACAGCAAGCAGAUCGAACUCGGCGGUUACGUAGGCUACUCGUGUAUCCUAUUCGCAAACGCAGUACGCAAAGCUGGCGGGGAGCGAUACUUUAGCUUCGAGCGUGAUCCUGCAUUCGCAGCAGUCAUCAUGUCCCUCGUCGACCUUGCAGGGCUCAGUGAUCUCGUAAAGGUGGUUGUGGGCUCGAGUGACGAGGGAAUUGCGCGUCUGGUAGCAUCUGGCCAGCUCAAGCACGUGGAUCUCAUGUUCCUAGACCACUACAAGCCAGCCUACACAACGGAUCUCAAGCUCUGUGAAGAACUAGGACUGAUCACCAAGGACUCAGUACUCGCUGCGGACAACGUCAUCAAGCCCGGAAAUCCGCCGUACUUGAAGUACGUUAGGUCGAGUGUUGAGGAGAAGGUCAAGGAGGCUGGAGAGAACGGCCAGACGAACGUCAAUGGCAUUGCUGAGACAAACGUUAAGAUGUACGAGAAGCGAUAUGGCAAGGCCAAGUUCAGUGAAAGCAAAGGCAACCCGCAUCUGCAAUACGAGAGCAAGCUGAUCAACAGCUUCGAGCCGACGGGCGUACCUGACGGGAUCGAGAUUACGCGAUGCGUUGGGUAGGAACGCGUGAGAAUAGAGAGAUAUGGGCGGCACAGUUGGACCAGGGGCGGAUGUGGAGUCCAGAGACCGAGGGGGAGAGGUGGGAUAUUCAACACGGGUCCAGCUACAAGAGUGAAUGUGAUCAAACAUGCAAUCCUCCUUGCUGAUGACGGAGCUACAAGAAGGAUGAAGACGCCACCUCGGAAUGCAAUGCAGUGACUAUGCAGUAGGUGGUCAGUC